UAUCAUUUAUGUCUGAACGCUAUGAACAGUUUUGCUUUGAAAAUGUUUACGUCCUACAUUUUGGCUGCAAUGAUUUGGAUUCAUCGGUAAAUCAAGCAUCUUAUUGCAGCAAUAAUUCGGCGUGGCGCAGAGUCCGUGGAGUGCGUUGGGUAUAGCGACGCCGGUAUAUGGCUCUGACGAUUUCACUUAACAAGCCUCUCUACCCUUCCAGUCUAUCUCGCCAACGUCGAAUCUCAGUUGACCUACGUUCCAAGCGCUACAUUUACGACAGUGUGUCCUCCAAGUCAGCUAACGAGUCGCCUCUUCUCUCUGACACGUACACUCAAAGAAGCUCCAUGGACAACAACAAAUCGAACCGGUCCAAGGGCAGAGAGGGAAAGGCGAGGUCCUCUAUCAUCUACAAGAAGUCCGUUCAGCACACCGACCCUGCUGUCGACACCGAUCUCACUUCCACCGCACCUGUGUCUAAACCCAAUUUGUUGAGCUGCAUUUUCGUCACCGCUUGGGAAUGGACCGUUGGCGCUGCAGUUUCUCGCAGGAGGUUGUCGCGGCGUCGUUCGCUGAAGCCACUUCAUCUCGUUUCCCGCCAUUGCAAUUCCCAGCUUCGUCCUUGGCACCUUCUUCUCAUGUUUCUAUGGGACUCUUCCCUGAAGCCGAUGUUGGUUCUUGUGGGCCGGCAAGUCGGUGAGCGGGAUGAGGCACGGAGAUCAUUAUCCCUAGCCGCUUUAGCCGGAAGCUUACGAGCUCAUUGGCAGUCAUUAGUUGACGGAGGUCUUCUGUUUUCUGUUUUCCGUUUCUACAGGCUACUUUUUGCAUUCCUUUUCGAAUUGCACUCUCGUUACCUCCACGCCUUUUCGCGCUACUCUUAUUACAUGGACACAUGAUAAAUUCAUGAAUAUAGGACAUGCAUGAUAAUAAUGACAUUAAUGAUGUUACAGACGGAAGCAAG